ACACACGCACACACCACACAUGUGAAGUGGUAAAACGGUAAGUCUAUGACAUCGUUCAAAAGAAGCUGAUCUGUAUCUAGUAAAAACGAAUAGUUUUCAGUUAAUUCCGAGUGAUGAGCAAAGUUUCCUGAAUAUUCAAAAACCGCAUAUAAUUGCAUCCAUUCAUAACAUUAUAAAACAAGGCUUUUGUUAGAUUUUUGUACUCUACCGGUGGAUGUGCAUUGUUUUCUAAUAAAAUUUGUCUUGUGCUCCCGUUAAUAUUAAUAAUUUUUAUUUUUUCUUGUUAGUUAUUCAUUAUUUCUCUCUUUAGAUGUCGAAGAUGUUCGUGUUGUUAUAAACUUGGAUUAUCCACCUCAAGCUGAAGAUUAUAUUCAUCGAAUUGGUCGUACAGCACGUUCUAAUAUGAAAGGAACAUCGUACACAUUUUUCACACGUGAAAAUGGAAAACAAGCAAAUGAACUAAUACAAUUAUUAAAAGAUUCAAAUCAAGAUGUCAAUGAAAAAUUAUAUGAAAUAGCUAAAACGAAGUAUUUUUCAGGUGGAAGAGGAGGAAUGCGAGGAGGAUUUGAUCGUCGAGGUUACGGAGGAAAUCGUAGCGGCUUUGGCGAAUCUCGUGGUGGAUUUGGGAAUAAUCGUGGCGGUUCUCGUCCUGGAGGUUUCAGCGCAAAAAGAUCGAGAUCUCGAAGUCCGAUAGGUGGAGCUAGUAAACCACAGAGCGGUGGAUUUGAACGCCGAGGGAGUGGUUUUGGAUCUCACGGAUCAACAAGUGAUAGAGGAAUGAAUAGUAAUGGCUAUGGAAAUGAUUUCAAACGCCCUAGAACGGAUGAAUCACAAUCUCAACGAAAACAAUAUUCAUCAUCAUCGAAUGGAACAACAACAAACUAUCAACGACAACAAGAGCAACAACAUAAUUCAAGUUCAUCAGUAUCUACGGUAGCAUCUCAAAGGACACAACAGCCAGCGUCAGCGUCCAAAAGUUCUUAUAGCAAUACUAGUCAAAGUACAUCAACAUCGAACAGUAAUUAUCAAAUACCACCCCCAAUGUCAAAUCCAUAUGCCAGUUAUUAUUCAAUGGCAGCAUAUCCACCACAAAUGUAUCCACAAUAUUGGACAGGUGUUCAACAGCCACCAUUGCCUCCCAGUUCUUCACAACCCCCUCCACCACCCAGUUGA